GCUCGGUGGAGCUGACUGCGAUUGCGUAGAACAAGCCUCCUUAAACUGGCGCGAAGGAGAUGUUAUCUCAUCCAGGUAUCUUCGCCUUCCUGUCCCCCUUCUCUUCUCCACCUUUUCUCUGCUAAUCCGAAUCUGCGAAGAGGUCGUGUUUUCUCCUCAAAAUCCACUGAAAUAUCAAAGCUGCUGCUAAGUUUUCUCCAAUUGCAUCGAAAUACUUCCGUAUCUUUCGCAGUUUGCCGGUGCAUACUGUCUUUGCGCUCAGGUGGAAACGGCGCAAUGCUGCAAUGGAUGGGGGGAUCAGGCGGAAAGUGGCGACUGUAAGCGUUGUUUGGAAUUCAACUUUAAUUUGACUGUAUCAGAGGCAGUUAGUUUGAAUUGUUUUCUGUUGGAAUUUUUCAUCUCAUGAACGUCAUCGAAUUUGAGAAUUUUUUAAACGUAGCCUGCAAAAUAUGAACAAUUCAGGCAAUGACAAUAUUCUGACCGAUUACAAUCUGUAAUUGAUUUUAUGAGAGAAUAAGUAAUAGAAUUCAGUCUUGACAUGUUUGCAUUUCCUUUGUGCAUAUUGUCUAUGGAGAAUUUCAGUCAAGGAGGUCUACACAGAAGAGGCAAAAACAAUAUUUUGAACAACGGAAACAGCAGCAGCAACAGUCAGCUGGUCCAGAGGGAUAUGAUGAUAGAAUCAACAUAGGUGGGCAACAUAAAAAAGAACAUCAAUCACUGGAUGUUCUCGAUUUUCUAAAUCUGUCAACCAUUUCCAACGAAUGCAGAUCUUCUUUCCCCCAUGGAAAAGAAGACCAAGAGCUCAACCCUUCAACAAUGAAGCAUCAUAUCCCAAAGGGUCCACCAACAAUUUUUCCCAAUGCAGUCACUCCUUCAUAUUUUGUGAAAGUUAAGGAAGCAAAUAAGUUUAGGUACCGUUGGAACUGAAACUCCAGUGCAUUCACCAAAAGGAAUUGGCAGGAUGAGAUAAUGCAAGAUAUCGAUAUGCCGCUUGGUUACUGUCCUUCAGAUUUCUCACUGGGCAUAAUGGAUUCCUGUGGCAACAAGAUGCAGAAAUUCUCCAAUGUCAAAGACCACAUGCCACUUGAUGGCAAUAAUUGUAAAAUGAAGAGCUCUUUUGGCAAAAUAAAUAUCUUCUAAAUCAUUACUAAGAUGCAUUGUAUUGAAAUUUUAAUCUAUAUUUGUUUCUUAAUUUAUUUCCCUUAAAUAGUUCAAUUAUAAUUGCUAUAUAGAUAUAGUUUUUAUGACAGUCACAACUUGCAACACUUUAUCAUAAUUUUUAUUUCUUUCCUUUUCCUUGUUCACCAGCUAUGUCGAAAUUCAUGGAUGAUGAAUAUCAGUACAGCCCACCAUCAGCUGAUGAAUUUCUAUAUGAAAGGGAAGAUGGUAUAUCUUGGAAGAAGUGGCAAUGCCAAAUUAAUGGUAGUGCUGCUGGUUUUUUGAAUUAUGGAGACAACCAGAUGUCAGAUUGCUCUUUUGAGAGUCCCCACCUGCUGAAGAAAAGAGAUGUAUCCAACCAACUUGAUUGGGCUAGUUGUGUGAAAGAAGAUACGAAGGAUAAUUUGAGCUCUCUGAGGUAGCUUACAGUAACAUUAUUUGUUUCGAGGUGAUUUUCCCUUUUUUGGACCAAGUGUUGCAAGUGAGGAAUCAUGCUCAUCUAGUGCAGGUUAACUAUUGAUCUUAGAAGAUAGUCUACAAUUUAAUUUCAGUUGUUGCAAUCUUCAGUGAAAAGCAUUUUUCAGUCGACUAAUGUGAAUAUUUUCCAGACCUCAUCUCAGUGAGGGACAAGAAAACCUAUUCACCUCCAAAUUUAAGGCCUAGUUGGAACAGAAUCAUAAGUGACAACACAUUUGACAGCUCCAGAAACAAGCAUGAUAUUGGUGACAUUGUUUUUGCCAAAGAAACAUGGAAGAAUGACGACUGGGAUGAUAGUCAAAAUGGAAGUGAUGCAUUUGGAUCAGGAAUAUGCACUGGAACACCAAUUGCUUCAAAGUCAAAGCAACCCAAGCACUUAAGCUCUUCUUUCCAAAAUAAAAUAGGGCCAUCUCAGAGUUGGUUGUUUGAGGAAGGGUGCAUUUCUGCUGAUAGAAUUUCAGAUUUCAAUUGUUUUGGUCAAACCAAUGGGGCAGAACCCACAUCCUUGGGAUCCAAGCUAUGGAAUGAAGAUCCUCUUGGUGAUUUUCCUGUUCCUAAAUCAUUUGUUGAUUCUAAAUCUCCUUCUGACAGAUGCAAAUGGAGUGAACCCAUCACGUGCUCACCUUCCAGCAGUUUCACAGCUCACAAGUUUUCUUUCUGCCAACCAAUUGACCACAGGAAUUCUCUUGAUUCCCCUGUAUACUGAAAGAUCAGGUUUGGGCCAACUGCAGGGGAUUCAUCUCCAUGUUCUGCAGCUGAAGGCACUCCUCCUCAAGGAGAGUCAGACCUUCCUGAUUUAUCGGGACAAGGAAGUGUGAGUGAAGAUGAAAAUAAAUCAGUACUCCAGACAGCCAAAUGUGAAAGGUUUGAGCCAGAGAAAGAAAACUGCAUCCGCAAUGAUGACCCUUUCUCAGAAGACUCUAAAGUAGUGAAAGCUUUGAUACUCAAGAGCAAAGAUAGUAAAUCCAAGGAAGUAAAAGAUGGAACUCCAGCACAAUUGAACCUGAAAACUACAAGUUCUCUGGAACAUACUGAGGAGACUUCAUCUUCUGUGAAGAUCCCUGACAAAUCUAAGAACCAUGCUGAUGAUAAAGGGUAUGCAAGACAGACUCAUCUUUCUCUUUGCCUUUAUAUUGUUUACUUUGACCGGCUAAAACACAAAAUUUCCUAUUAUGAUAUCCAUUAUGACAUAUAAUGUUAAACAGUCUCUCACUGUUGUUAUCUGUUAGAUAUAACCAUGAUGCGAAAGCUCCUCAUCCUUGUCAAAUUGGGUAUGCGGGUAGCUAAUAAUUGGCCUUUUUCUAUUGAAUUGCCGUUGCAUGAACAACUUCAUUGUUUGUUUUAAACUGUUUUCCUGGAUUAUUUUGUUUCAAAUCAGGUCCUGAAUUGAUACAGGUGCAGAAGAUGCAAAGUCUGAAGGAAGAAAAAUACCGAGUAACAGACAGUGGUUCUGUCAACGUAUCAAAGCCAGUGAUGAUGCUCAAAAGUUACGUUCUUCACCUUCUGCGUGUACAGAAAGUUCUUGAGGAGGCAUCUGCACUGAACACCUUAAAGAAGGUAUAACAAAAACCUUCUUAUGAUGGAUAUAAAAGGACACUGCAUUACCCCCCUGCAUUUUACAUUCAUAUACUUUCUUUUGUAUGUGGCUGUUCCAAUUCUCUAAUUUUUUGAAAAAUGGAAUUCUCAUUUUCG